UUCAUUGAUAUGGAUUCUUAUUAAAUAUUCAUUUAUUUAUUUAGGUCGAUCCCCUCUUAUUGCCUUUGAUAGUUCUCUUCUCAUUUGAGUACUCUCUCUUAUUGCUCCCAAGUUUCUUUUUUCUUGUUUCCUCUUUUAUUACAAGAGAUAUGUGGAAUCUUAACGACUCACCUGAUCAUCAUGAAAAAUCCGACGGUAGAGGGAACCGGGCUGGAGACGUGCCAAUAUCGAUGAGCUCAUCGGCCACGUGGCUCUUGUCUGCACCUCCGGUGACCCGGCAAUUUUUUCCAUGUCAAAGCAUGGAACAUGAGGCUGGAGGAAUAUCUGGGUCCAGUUUCAGUAAAAGCCAAUGUGUUGUUAGGUCCGAUCCUAGCGGGUCGGGUCAAACUGAAAAUCCAGAGCCGGAGGUAACACCACCGGUAAAGAAGAGCCGACGUGGUCCUCGCUCACGGAGCUCUCAGUAUAGAGGAGUUACCUUUUACCGACGAACCGGAAGAUGGGAGUCACAUAUCUGGGACUGUGGGAAACAAGUGUACUUAGGUGGAUUCGACACCGCACAUGCCGCUGCUCGUGCCUAUGAUCGAGCCGCAGUGAAGUUUAGAGGUGUAGAUGCAGAUAUCAAUUUCGACAUUGAAGACUACGUGGAAGAUUUGAAAAAGAUGAGCAGUCUGACAAAGGAAGAGUUCAUGCAUGUAAUUAGAAGGCAAAGCACUGGGUUUCCAAGAGGCAGCUCUAAAUAUAGAGGAGUCACUUUGCAUAAAUGUGGAAGAUGGGAAGCUCGAUUGGGUCAAUUUCUCAACAAAAAGUACGUUUAUUUGGGUCUGUUUGAUACCGAGAUGGAAGCUGCAAGAGCAUACGAUAAAGCGGCAAUAAAGUCUAAUGGAAAAGAUGCUGUUACCAACUUUGACCCUACAUUAUACGAUGAGAAAAACAGCCCAGAGAAGCAGUGGAGUGAUCAUAACCUCGAUCUAAGUCUAGGUGAAUCAAACUCGGAAGAGUUUGGAACCAAAUCUGAGACUGGGAGCAUGAGGAAUAGGAGUAGAGAUGAGGAAACACAGUUAGGGAGCCAUCUCUCGCUAGCGAUGACGACCGUAGGAUCGGAAAAGCGAGUGGAAGUGACAGCAUCAUCAGGAUUCUCUCCUCGCUUUCCUCCUUGGAACCACCACACUCCUCGCACUUUCCACUUCUUUCGUCCCUGAUUCACCAUCAUCAUCACAGUCAUCAUCUGAGUUAGUUGUGAGUAUAUGUUUUGGAGAAACUGGGCUAUCCCAGGGCCUAUUUUGGGCUGUGUGGUGUAUAUAUAUUACAUAUAUAUGUUCUUGAGCCCAUUUAAGACUUUUCUUUUGGUCAUUUAUUCAUACAGCAAAUAUUCUUGACUACAUAUAGGCCUGGACAA